AUGACUAAUCAUUCGGAAAUUCAGCAUCACUCUCAAACUAACGCUGACCUCAUAACCGCUAAUGCCGCCCUCCUAGCAGAAAAUCAGCGGAUGGCCGAGCUAUUGGCAGCAUUGCAAAACAACGGAGAUCGAAAGGUCGACAGUAAGAAAACAAACGCUGAUCAGCACGAAGAACAUCAAUCAGAAUCCAACGCAAAGACAGGGGAAACACCCCCAAAAAAUGGAAGGCGACGGACCAACCCGUUUUCCGAAGAAAUAAUGAACUUCAAAAUGCCUAAGAAUUUUACGCUCCCUAUGACCCUAACACCGUAUAAGGGGAUCGGAGAUCCUAAAGUCCAUGUCACAAAAUUUGAAUCCAUGAUGUUCCUCAACAGUGACUCCGAUCCCAUCUUAUGCCGAUCUUUCCCAACCUUUUUAGACGGAGCUGCCUUAUUAUGGUUUUUUAAUUUGCCUGCAGGGUCCAUAACUAACUUUGAUGAGUUCGCCAAGAUGUUCAUCAAUCAUGUUGCAGCGUCUAAGAUUUAUAUAAGAGACUCAAACUACCUCAGCACAAUCAAGCAAGGGCAACACGAAAGCUUGAAGGACUACAUGACACACUUCACGACAGGAGCCAUGGAGAUCCCCGAUCUUAACCCGGAAGUGCAGUUACAUGCCAUCAAGAGCGGCCUCCGACCUGGGAAGUUCCAGGAAGCCAUUGCCGCGGCAAAAUCGAAGACAUUGGAGAAAUUCCAAGAUAAAGCAACCAGUCAAAUCGAGAUAGAGGAGUUGCGUGAGACUCAGAGAAGUGAAAGACCAUCGUUCAGGAAGGAAGAGGACAGGCCCUACAGGUCCUAA